UAUAAAUUCCAAACUAGAAUUUGUACAACAAAACUCAGCUUACAUAUUUUCUUGUCCUGCAGUAAGCUGCCGUGGUUUUAAGAUGGCUAGCAGACCUAAAACUGGACAGAGGCCUAUAGGGACAGCUGCUGGGAGGCAACCUGGCACCGCCACAAGACUGACAACGGCAAUGAACCCUGGAACAGCCAGACCUGGCACUCGGGGAGGAGCAGGUGCAGGGGGUGUUGCACUGAAUUCCAUGGUGACGGUUGUCGACAGGCCAAUGACACAGCAGGGUCUUGGAGGAAUGAAGACAGCUGCCAAAGGGCAGAGACAAGUGCAUGACAGGACGUACUACUUGGGUCUCGUUCGAAGCAAGAUCAAUGAACUCAACACAGAAACCGGCCGUCUGAAUAAGGAGAUUGAGAACGUCAGUGAGGAGAAUUCAAGCUACCUUACUUAUGAGAAAAGGGCGGAGAUUCUGGCUAGUGAGAUUAAAGAUCUACAGGGAGAACUUGGUGACUACAACACUUUGGUGGACAAGCUGACCACAGAUGAGGACAUUCAAGAUGUAGAGUUUGAUCUCAAUGAUCUUCGAGCAGCAAAUGAGAGGGAGGCACGAAAAAUUGAAGACCUGUUUGAAGUUAGACAAAAGAAAGAAGAACAGAUAAAACAGGUUGAAACAGAACUGGAUCAGGAGAAACGCAUGGCUGACAAUCUCGUCAAUGAUAUGGACACAGAAAUGCGUCAGAAGUAUUUCCGGUUGAAGGACAUGAACGAACACAUGUUAAAACAGCUGGAGAGCGGUCAACAGGAGCUGGACGUCCUCAACUCAAAGACAGAAGGGCUUAAUGAGGAGCUGUCAAUGUCACAGGUGAAGCAGGAGGCUGUCCGUCUGUACGAACAGCUGAACGAGCUUGAGAUGAAACGAGACAGCCUUGUUGAAGAGGCAAAGUCAACGUCAAGCCCCGCGGAAGAGAGGGAAAAACUGCUGAAACAGGUGAAAGAGGACAAUCAGGAGAUCGCCAGCAUGGAGAGACAGACCAAUGAGUUCCGAGAGAAGAUUGAGUCACUUCAGGAGGAGAUCCACCAGCUUGAUAUGGAUAUAGAGGAAAACCAGGGUGAGAGAAAUCAGAAGUACAAGGAACUCAAGAAGAGGGAGGAGACCAUGGAUGAGUUCCUGCAGACUUUUGAGCAGACAAAGUCACAGGAACAUCAAAGGAUUGGGGAGUUGGAACAGAAUGUAGUUAGCAUUCUUGAACAUAUCAGUAGGAACAUGGGUCGUUUCCAGGCUUUGCCUAGCCAGAAUGAACUUGCAGAGAUGAAAGAGGACCUUGCAUUUAAGGAGGGGGAGAUGAAAAAGUCUGAGUUCACAUCGGUUGGGCUUGGUCAAGAGAAUGAGAAGCUACGAGAUGACCUCGAAAAAGUGGAGCAACUAGAAGACAAAAUUAAUACGGAGCUUGUCAUGCUGAAAGAGAAGAUCGCUACCAUGGAAACGGAACUGGUCACCUUCCGUGACCUUGACUCACUGAGGCGGAAAUCUGAAGAAAAGAAACAGAAACUGCAGUCGGACCGUGUAAUCCUUGCGAAGAGGAAGGAAACGUUUAAACGUACACUAAAGCAGCUCAACAGUACAUAUGAAUCUCUAAAAUCAACGCUUAAUGAUAACGAGACCUUCACUCAGCUGGGAAAUUUGGAAAGAAAAUGGCAACACCAUGAACAGAAUAACUUUGUGAUGCGAGACUUCAUCAAUGCAAAGACAAUGGAGUGCAACUACCGGCCGAUCAGCAAGCGUGUCUUCAGCGGUGUGACCGACUAUAACCAACAGCUGCAAACACAGAUGGCGAACAACCCAAGCAUGUAGAUGUUAUUUGGCAUACAUUCUGUGGGCUUGGAUAAAGCCCAAAUUUUGGAAAAGUUCUUCAGCUUCGCCUCUUAUGACAUUCAUCAAAAUUGAUUAAUUUUACAAAAAAAACACAACCUAAUGUGGUUAUCUUCGACAUUGGGCCGAGUGCUCAGAACUUUGUUAAAGUUAACAAUGUGAUAAAUGACAUCAUUGUUAACGUGAUAUAUUUGAUAAUGCAGUAGUACAGUUGAAUCAGUUGUCCCAAAUCUUGUAAGACUUACAAAAAACUCUUAAGCGAUGUAUUACAUCAGUAAGUAAGAUUCAAUGGGUUAUACACAUUGGUAUCAAUUUAUUGUAAGUUUUUGACCAUUUUCUUUUUUUCUUGCAUUUGUAUCAUCUGGUGACUAAUCCCUUUAUGGUCUGUAUUAUAACGCCAUGUGUUACUUGUAAUUUUAACUUCUGAUGUGAACUGAUAAAAAGUGAAAUACAUCAAACUAAAUUAAAGAGGUUACCAGUACCUUUUUUUAUGACGAUGACUCAAAAGAGCUAUUUUGGAAAGAGUUUAUUAUUCCCACUAUAAAGAAUAAUUAUUAAACAUGGUUUUGGUUGUUUUAAUGUGCUAAGUUCAGCCUACAAUGUUAUAAGUUUAUCAUAUUUUUUUAUUUAUUUUUUUGGCUGUAAGUGGUAAUUGAAGCUUUAUUUGAAGCAAGGCUUUUGUUGUUCAACAUUGUCGUUUCAUUGCCAAAUAUUAAAGGGGAACAAUAUAGGUUUAUACAAAAUAAUUACAAGGCUAAUAUCUUUUUAACUGUACAUAAAACAUAUAAUAUGUUUUUGUUUUGUUUUGUUUUGAUUAUUAGAAUCAUAUGAGUUAAACAUGAUAAUGCUUAUAAUUAGAACAAAAACAUUUUUUGCAUCUAUCUGGUUUAACCUAUAUUGUGUGGCUUUAAAUUUUUUGUUUAUAUGAUUUAUAAACAUGACUACAUUCCAUUGCAAGAAGGAUAUUCUUGUUAGAAUAGUGAUAUAAGUCAUUUUAUAAAAAUGUUUUCAGAGUGAGGAAUCGCGUGACCUAAAGGGGUUGUCACAUGGGUCAUGCCAAAAUUUCAAUUUGACAGAAUUUUGUAGAAUGAUGCAAUGCUGAAAUUUUUGCAAAAGUUUGCAUCAUUAAAAAACAAAGAAAAUCUUAAAUAUUUCAAAUGUAUAGGAGCAGAAAAAAGCAUAGUCUUUUAUGGGCUAAUGGAUAUUAUCAUAUUUUUUUGGUCAAAAAAGUUAUUUAAAAAUUUAAGUCACUCACUGGUUUCUUUACAUAGGUUGUGACCCGUGGCGACCCAUGUGAGAACAGCUUUAAGUCAUGUGAUUCCUCACCCUGUAUUAGAAAUUCUUUCAAUGAAAAAUUUGUAUAGUCGUAGGAUUUAAAUACAUUGAAUACAAUACGAUCAUUAUGUUGGAAAUAUUGCAAAAAAGAAAAGUUUGGAAAAUGAAAAUGUGACUUAAAAGGGAAGCUUGAAAUCACACACCAGUUAAAUUCUGUCAUGAUUUUUGUUUUAGUUAUUUGUAUUUCUUAUUGUUUGAAGUUGGAUGACUUAAUGUAAGUUGGAUGACUUACAUGUUUAAAAACGCCUUAUCAGAGAACGUUCAUCACAAUUGUACUUUAUUUCUUUACCGUCCAAAUGAACAUGUAGAUCUGUGAUAUUGUAAAAACAUAUUUAUUCCAUUUGAUUUGCGAAUAAAUUUUGUAUAUCAA